AUGGGCUCCACCGAGGAGCUGGCGCUGCCGGCGCUCGAACGCGCGCCGCAGAGGGCGAGGGAGCCGGCGCCGUCGCUGCUGGAGGGGCGAGCGGCGGCGGCCCGGCAGAGGCGGCGGCUGCAGCAGCCGCGCCCCGAGGAGGAGGAGGAGGAGCAGCAGCAGGUCCAGCAAGAAGGAAGAAACAACAAUGAUGAACCUGUUAUAGACGACUAUAAAAAGAUGGGUACUCUCUUUGGUGAGCUCAACAAAAGCCUCAUCAGCUUAGGCUUCACAAGGAUAUACUUUGGAGAACGGAUUGUGGAACCUGUCAUAGUCAUAUUCUUCUGGGUUAUGCUCUGGUUCCUUGGUUUACAAGCCCUUGGACUAGUCGCUGUCCUGUGCCUUGUCAUUAUUUAUGUGCAACAAUAAAGUACAGUGCAUGGUAGAUAAAAAACGAUGUCAUAUCUUGGCGGACUUACGUACUUAGCCAAA